AUGCUGUCGCUUCGGGCUCUCGCGGGCAGAAAAGUACAGGAACAUGAAAAUUACUCACAUGUCGACGGGGACGAGCGAGUUGCCCAGGGGGUUGACGAUGAGGGAGACGACGUAGCAAGUGCCAGUAGCGUGACCGUCCGAGCGAGAGACAUCGACUUCGGUGACAGGGAACUGGGAAAAGGCGUCGACGGAAACGAUGUUGAAGAGGAUCUAGACAUGGUAGACGACUUCGACGACGAUGGAUAUGCAUCAACGUAA